UGACCUUCAAUAUUACACCAUGAGUCGUUCCCAGUCCAAGAGAGUCCGACUCCUCUGACUGAUGGACUUCUGCUACUGAGCAGAACCAGAAAACAGAAGAUUCCAGAAACUAGAUAGUCAGACUGUGAUAAUGCCUGUCUUCUCUCUGAGCUUAAGGAAAGCUGACAGUGUUUUUCGGGGGACUGAUCAGCUAGAUUUGAAGGUGGUAGGAGAGGGGAGGUUAUAUCCAUCAGUGUCCUUAAGCAUUGCAUUCAUCAUCGUUAGUCACUAUCGAUCUCUUUCCAUCUUCCUCUCUUCCUUCUUUCUCUCUCCGUACCCCUAACUGUCUCUCUCUCCCACUCUCUCUCUCUCUUUCUACUUUUCAGUUUCAUGCAUCCCUCUCUCCUGCUGUGCAGCUCGCGAUCUGCAGGGUUGCGGGGCAAUCCAUUAGUCUCCCAGUGUGACACUAUCCAAUAAUUACAGGGCUAAUGGUCAACCUAGACCUGUUUUAUUGAGUGCUAAUGCGUAGGGACAAACAAUUAAACAUGGAUGCCAACCAAUCAACAAUGGAUUUAUUUUAAUUGACAAAGGAUACAUUUUAAUGUAGCUUACCCAGACCGUCUCUUCGUGUUAACAUCAAGUUGAAGUUGAAGUUCAGAGAUAUCAAAUGCAUGUUAGUGAAUUAUUAGAAGACUGUUAUGUUGAAGCGAGGAAUGCUACAGAUUUUUUCUGGAGAAAGCAGUGUUGAGCAGUGUUGAGCUAUGUCCUUUCCGCCUCUUCAGAUAUUGGCAUAAAGAGCAGUUUUAAACAGUCUUGGUGUGUUUGUGUGUGUACCUUCCUCAUCGUCCGGUUUAGCAUGCUUUCAGAACGGUUGUCCAGUGUGGCAACACUCUGACCCAGAGGACCCAAAAGAAGGGGGCCAGGGCCAAGUGCCCUCCAUACAGAGGAACCCAGCCCUGACCCCCACAUAACACACUCUCUCCUGGGAACUGCCCUGGCUCUGGUCCCCCUCUCUCCCUGGCUCUGUUAAAUGGAGGAGAAGGAGAGAAGUAGGAGUCGUUCUCUGUCUCGAAGCCGGGUUCAACAGGUGGUGGGGACGCUGAUCAGACGCACCCGAGAAUCCCUCAGCAGAGAACGUAUCCUUGGUGAUGGGAGGUCGAACCGGUCGGGGAGUGUUUCCAGUCAGAACUUCCCCGUGAGGCUGACUGUUCAGGUCGUGAGAGACCCGGUGCUGGACUCCAGUGGGCAUGGGUUCACCCUCUCCAAACAGCACCCCCUGCUGGUCAGGGAUGUGGCUACAGGAGGCCCAGCGGAUGGGGUGCUCUACCCUGGAGACCAGGUACUGCAGGUUAAUGACCUGGUUGUAGAUGAUCUAAGCUAUGAGCAGCUGGCUGACAUCACCAGUGACUUGGAUGAUUCUGUCACAAUGACCAUUCUAAGGCACAUGACAGGUCCCAAGUCAUCCAUUAUGUCUGCAGAGAAGAGGGCUCGUCUGAGGAGUAACCCCAUCAAAGUGCGCUUCGCAGAAGAAGUCGUCGUCAAUGGUCACACUCAGGGAAACUCUCUUCUCUUCCUGCCCAACGUUCUGAAGGUCUAUCUGGAGAAUGGACAGACUAAGGCCUUCAAGUUUGACGGUACCACCACAAUCAAGGAUAUCAUUCUGACUCUGAAGGACAAGUUGUCCAUCCGCUGUAUUGAGUACUUUGCUCUGGUGCUGGAACAGCAGUACAGCAUCACCAAGCUGUUGCUGCUUCACGACGAUGAACUCAUACAGAAGGUGGUGCAGAAGAAGGAACACAGCAGCCAUGACUACCGGUGUCUGUUUAGGGUGUGUUUCAUCCCCAGAGAUCCCCUGGAGCUGCUGCAGGAAGACCCCACCGCCUUCGAGUACCUGUUCCUUCAGAGCGUUGGGGACGUUCUCCGGGAGAGGUUUGCCGUGGAGAUGAAGUGCAACACGGCGCUGCGUCUCGCUGCCCUGCACAUGCAUGAGAGACUGGACAGCAUAGGGUCCACCCGAACCUCUAUCAAGAGCAUCACGAAAGAGUUUGGUUUGGACAGCUUCAUCUCACCCACUCUGCUCAGUAACAUGAGAGAAAAGGACCUUAGGAAAGCCAUUAGCUACCACCUGAAGAAGAUCCAGUCACUGCUUGAACCACGGCAGAAGGUGAUCCCAGCUACUCAGGCCCGUCUGGCCUACCUCACCCAGCUUGGAGAGCUCAUAUCGUAUGGCGGCCGCUCCUACACAGCCACAAUGAUGUUGCAGGAUCGAGAGGCGCUGGUCAGUCUGUUGGUGGGUGCACGCUAUGGCCUGAGUCAGGUGGUCAACCACAAGCUCAAUGUGGUGUCCACUCUGGUGGACUUCAGCAGCAUCAGCAGGGUAGAGCUUCUGUCUGAGUCCGACAGAGUCAGCCUGCUACGCAUUUCACUGCACGACAUCAAGCCUUUUGCCUUACUGAUGGACUCUCUGGCUGCCAAAGACUUGGCCUGUCUUCUUGGGGGCUACUGCAAGCUCUUAGUGGACCCCAAUGUGUGUGUGUUCCGUCUGGGACGCCCCAAGGUUCAGGUGCACAGGAUACCCGCUGAGGAAGGUGUGUGUGAAGGGAGGUUCACCGUUAUAGAGGGAGUUUGCUAUGAAUCCCUGACAAGCUACGUGUCCCGCUGCUGUAGUGACUCGGACGAUUCCUCGGAGGAGGACUACCCAGCCGAGCGUCCGCUAGUGCACACCCGCAAACGCCAUGCUCCCGCCAGCAAAGACAGGCAGGGUUGGGGAGAAGAGGAGGAGCAGAGAGGAGCGGAAGGAAAGAAAGGCAGAGCCGAGAAAGAGGACCAGGAGAAAAAGGAGGUGCAGAUCAUUGUGACGUCAGAGAAGGACAUAGAAGUGGAGGAGGGGGACCGAAGAGAAGGAAGAGGAAGGAUCCUAGGAAGUAAAGCCAACGUGGAAACAGCGGAACAGGAGGUCAUGCUGAGCACUAACUGGUACCACACAGACGCACGGGUCAACAGUAGCUUCUCCAGCCUGUCCAGUGGCUCUCUCAGUGCUGCCGUGGAGGAGAGCGGCACCGCAGCCAGGGGAUCGGACCCAACAAAGGCCACCUCACUCGGGGAAGCCCUGCCUGAGGACUGCCCCUCUCUUCGCCCCCAACGCCCGACUCAGGGGACCACCACCCUGGAUGUCCACUGCCCAUUCCUCCUGGAGGUCACAGCUCCGUCUCCGCAGCGCAAUAGAGAGGGUGGCGCUGGGACCACGGCCUCCGCACCCAUGCGCCCCACCAACCUCAGUUACCGUAGCAACGAUAGCUCGUGCCUGUGCUUUGCCGAGCUCUCCCAGGGGAGCUACCUCCCCAGCCCGCCCGAGGCCACCAGCGACGAGGAGGAGACGGAGGAAGUUGACGAUGAUGAGGAACUGCGGCGUCUCUCCAAGAUACCCAGUCAGAUAGACCUGCGCCUCAUUGACAAGAUCUACGCCCAGUCUACCAAAACGACCUACAACAACAAGUUAAAUAUCCCCAGGAAACCCAAACACGCGUCCUGUGAGAUGAGGGUGGCGAGUAGCCCCGCCUACAAAAGCGAGGAACGUCUAUCUACUCACUCUGGAGAUUCUGGGCCUUACCUAACGCCGUCUCCUAACCCUCGCCCUCCUAACACUAGGGAGAGUGCCUCGGAGUCUGAAGAUGAGUUUUUCGAUGCCCAGGAGAGGUUCACCCCACCAGUCCCUCCAGAUGGCACAGAAAACAGUUUGGAAGUGUAUGACCAUAAAAGACACAGUAAACUCUGGAGCGCAACGGGGAAUGAACUGCCGGCGGUACCAGAGAGGGAACCUCCCUCACCCCAGAAGAAGAAGCACUCGUCCCCUGGACACAAGAGUCAACAGGAGCCCCGCUCAGACCAGAUUGCCGUUCAGAACGUCCAUGCUAAGGCCAAGCCCCCACCGUUGGCCCCUAAACCCCAGUUACCCCCCAAACCAGAACUAGCCCCCAAGCCCCAGAUAGGCCCACAGAAGUCUCCCCAGCGUGGGGGUCCAUACUCCCACUGUAAUGGGGAUGCUGGUGGAGGCCACACAGGCCUCCUGGAGAUAGACACCAUGGAGCCAGACACCAUGGAGUUUAAAUCAGUCACCUCAGGGGCAGGGGGGCCUCCACUCUCCUCCCCCCUCAUCACGGCCGUACGGAAGAUCCAGCCACCCCCUGCCAGUCAACAGGCUCUGGAGAACGGACUCAGACAAGACAACGGCUCAAAGAUAGACAACAGUUCUAAGCAAGAGAACAGUCCUAAGAUAGAGAACGGGACUCAUCAGAUGCUUACUAAGAACCGUGUUCCGGUAUCUACUGACAAGAACACGGCCAAUGUAGAAGCUAAAACAAACGGCGUUUCCCUGUUUAAGGGGGAGGUCAGAAACGGUGUUGGGGUGGACCCCCCGAGAAAGCCGCCAAGCUUGUCCCCCAUUCCACGUUCGUCCUCAGGAGACGAGAUCAGGUUGAGCCUUUCUACCCUUCCGCCACUCUCUCCGAAACCCUCCCCUCCUUCUCUCCACCCCCUCUCAGUCCUCCCCAAACCGGCCUCACCGAUGGAGAAGGAGGGGGUCUCCCCGCCGAACGGUCUCCACCCUUGGGGUAGUCGCAACGGGAGCGUUCAGACAGGGAGGAGGGUCUCUCUGAGUCAUGAGAACCUGUCGCCCAAAAACAAGGACGCCCCUCUGAGCCUGAACACCUCCCUUACCGGCUCCUCCUCUAAAGGGGGGGUGGGAGGCCCAGAGGGCACAGUGAGGUCAGGGUCAGGUUCGGACCUGAGGGUCAGCUCGUCCAGCCUGGGGGGACGUCUGCCCACCUCGGCCUUGAGAGGGAGGAUCCAGGUCCUUCCUUGGUACAUGACCCGUUCCCAGGAGAUCCUGGGCACCCUGGACUACCCCUCCACCAGCUCCGUCAACGAAGACAUCACAUCCGGGUACGGCUCUGGUCUGUCGGUCAGUGGAGCCUCUGAGGUCGGCAAGGUCACUGCCAAGGCAACAGUGGGUGAGACUGCGGGUGGCAAAGGAAAGAAGGAUGUGAUGGAGGAUGGAGCAGAGGUGGUCAUAGCAACUAUCAAAGAGUUCAAGGAAGUGACCCCACGGGCGAAAGAGGCCAAUGGCGUCAACGAGUCACACUCCAACCUGACCCUGAGUGAGAACGGUGCGUAUGUUUCCGAGCCCCACGGGUUCCUGGGUUCCUGCAGGUCAGAGCAGCCCCAGUCCAGACCCCACUCAGACGUGGGUUUAGGGGGCGGUUCAGGCCCGCCCCUGGAGGGUGACUCGGCGGACCACACCCCUCCCCCAGACCAUCGGGAGGCCUGUGGCUGCCACACCGUCUACGCCAACUGCUUCAGCGGGGACGCGGAGGACGGCUGCGGUUUCGACGAGGAGCUCACCAUUUACGAAUUCUCCAAGCGCACGCGCCCCAAACCAGCCCGCUCGACACCCCUGCCCUCUCCCACCUCGCCUGUCCCUGUCCCCUCCCCCAACAUCCUGUCCCUGCUGAGGGACACCCCUCGUCCUCUCUCCGCCCUGUCCACCACCUCGUCAGAGCUCAGCCCCCUCCUGUCCCGCCCCGUAUCCCCAACGCCCCCUAUUGGCUCCCUGCGUUCUCUCACCAACAGGCGCCACGGGGGCCUUAAGGGGGGCUUUGUCUCACUGAGGCAGGACAUCAGUCAGCUCCUACAGGUCCUGGAGAGAGGCACGGCUGCGCCCGCGCCGUCAUCGGAACCCACCAAAAUGGACCCGGAUGAGGGCCGAGAACAGGGAUCCAACCCAACCCAAGAGGGUCCGGCGCCGUGCUCUGGAUGUGCAAGUCGCCCCCCCAUGACGGAGCCCGAGAGGAGUCUACUCCAGACGGAGGCUCGGCGGUUGGCCACAGGGUGCCAGCGAGCCACCCGGGUGGGCUGGGCCCCGGAAGAGGCCCUCCGUUCCCUGUCCAACAGCUUCAGCGCCCUGGUCCAGCUCUCCGCAGCCUGCCUGAGAACGCAGCGCUGCCCCGGGUGUGACGUCUGCCACGGCGAGGACCAGCCCCGGAGCAGCGAUGACGACGACGACGACGACGGCGGCCAGGAGGAGGCUCUGGAGAAGCUGAAGGAGAUCGUAGGGCUGUACCAGGAAUUUGUGGGGGCCGUGGAGACAGCUGGGGCCGGGUCUGGUGGUGGGGAGGGGGAGGGGGUGAGACUGCUUGCCAAACGCUGCACGGUGCUCAUCUCUUCCGUCUUUGCGCUCACACAGCUGUUCAGGACACGCUCGCCAGACACCCCGCCGGGUCACACUCCUCUGAACUUUUGACCUCUGAACUUUCAAACCCCUCCUUGCCACCAGGACUGAGGGAAGAUGAGGAAAGACUGAGAGAAAGGAGAAGAUGAAGGGCUGUAGAUAAGACAUAGAUGUGAUUCUUUAGCACAGUGGGAGUACAGUGCAGCACAUUCACACUUGUACAGUAAGUGCCAUGCACACACACACACACCAAACACAUUGAAUACAUACACACUACACACACACUGAAUACACAAACCACACCUAACACACACACACCUAACAUAUGCCUAAAUGAUGAGAGGAGCCUAAUCCACCCAUACUGACUGCCCUGUUUGCUAGGCCUUCUGAUGGACUCAUCUGGUCUAUGCAUUUGUACAUGUAUGCAUUUGUAUUUUAUAACUACUGUAUCUUUAUUAUUAUUAUAUACCUGUAUGUGUAUGGAUGAAUUGUCUGUAUUUAUUUAUCUGACUGUUUGAAUGCCCCAUGUUACUACUUGUGCUGGUUCUUACUUGUGUAAGACCCCCUGUUUGUCAAUGAAUGCUUUCUCGUGUCAUGUGAUUUCUACCUCCCUAUCCUUCCUUUCCUCUGGGAUGGAGUCUGCUGAGACAGUAUUGUUUCAUCUGUAGAUGCAAUCAGUACCUUUUAUUUUUGUUGAGUAGGAGCUCUAGGAAGAAGUACAACAAAAAAAAAGUACAACUAACAUGUUAGGCCGAACAGUUCAAACACAUCACAAACCUUACAUUUGCCAAGACCCUACGCCUUCAGGUAACAAACAAAUGCAAGCGGAGGACUACGGACAGAGAAACAGGCGUACAGAUUGCUCCAUUACGAAGAUAAAUUAACCCUGUGGAAACUGUUAAGCUAUUUCUAUUCCAUUCCUGGCUACUGACUGACUACUCAUGUCUGAAUGCUUGAGCUGAGAAACCCCUUAACCGAAACACAUAUGCAGUAAUCCCACUUCAGAUCUACUCUUAAUCCAAAGGACACAUAUAUUUUUCUUGGGUGGGUUCAGUGGUGGGGGAAUAGGGAAAAGGAAUUUGGUAUUUUGUAAAAUAGUUUUGACAAGGUACUUAGAAGUCUGACUGUUAAAACUCACUCCAGAAAAGAUGUAGCAACGAUCCAAAGUUAUUUCACACUGAGCCACAAUUUUGCUAUUUUACUACUUGCCCGUGUUAGCUCUGCAGAUGAACAGACUGACUGAUUCUGUUUAUACCAGAGCUGUAGACAGAUAUACUUACUGUCUGGGUAUAUCUUUUGUUUGUGUUUGUUUAAUCUGUCUGUCCUUCCUUAGUUUAUGGCUAUGCAAACAUAACCACUUCUUCCCUGUUCUCCCACAUAUCAUUCUGUUACAAUUGUGUUCACGUUAAAGACAAGAAUGCCUGCAUAUAUUUUAUAGUCCUUGUCACCGGAAACACAGAGGGCUUCCACUUAUGAUAACUGAUAACUGGAUGAUCUGGAUUAUGAUCACAGGUAUUAUAGUUACUGGAUGAUCUGGAUUAUGAUCACAGGUAUUAUAGUUACUGGAUGAUCUGGAUUAUGAUCACAGGUAUUAUACUGUAGUAAGUGGAUGAUCUGGAUUAUGAUCACAGGUAUUAUAGUAUCUAGAUGAUCUGGAUGAUCUAGAUUAUGAUCACGGUUAUUAUAGUAACUGGAUGAUCUGGAUUAUGAUCACAGGUAUUAUAGUAUCUGGAUGAUCUGGAUUAUGAUCACAGGUAUGAUCAGGAUUGCAAUAUUCUGCAACAUUACAUUUGAUUGGAUGCAAGAUAUCUCAAGAUUAGCGUCUAACAUGCUGUGUUACAGGUAAAAUGCAGAGCUGUUCUGUGACUGGAAUAUGUUCACAACUCACUGAUCUUGGACAUAGUCCCAGACAAGAUGCUGUAAGCAUAUUCAAUCUGGACUUUGACUAAAUAAAUGUGUUUUGCCUUUCAUCUGAUAAAACAGA